AUGACUUACUCUUCGGCUCUGCGUGUGGAGAGGAGGGUUGACGUGUGCCCACUCGGUCAGUUCCCCUGUGGGAAUCUGUCGAUGUGUUUGCCUCAGCCUCAACACUGUAAUGGUCAGCAGGACUGUCCCAAUGGAGCCGAUGAAGAGAACUGUGUUGACAACAGUGGCUGGCCUCACUUGUUUGAUGCAUUUAUGAAGAAAAAUGUCCAGGAAUCUAAGGAAUGCUCGUUGGGAGUUUUUCCUGAUGUGUGUCAUUGUGAAGGGAGGAAGGUGAGCUGUAAUGGAAGACAGUUACAAAGUGUGCCACUGGUGUCCUCCAAUGUAACAGCAUUAGAAUUAAACAGCAAUCGGAUCACAUCUCUUCCUCCUGAUCUGUUCUUCCGAUACAGGCACCUGGAGCGACUACAUUUAGAGAACAACAGCAUUGAGGCCAUUUCUAAGCAUGCAUUUUCUGGACUCUACUCCUUGCGUAAACUGUUCCUGAGUCAGAACCAGAUAUCUGUCCUGAAAGCUGGAAUCUUCAGAGAUCUUGGUAAUCUGGAAUGGCUGAUCCUGGAUGAGAACAGAAUAAGCUCACUGUACCAGCGAUCCUUUGAAGGGCUGAAGUCUUUAUUUUUCCUAUCUUUGCUGAAUAACUCACUGGACCAAAUUCCCAGAAGCUCCCUCUGUCAGGAGAUGCCUCGCCUCAACUGGCUGGAGCUGGAGGGCAACAGAAUCUCCUCCCUGUUUUCAUCCAGUUUCCGAGACUGCACCACACUAACUGUUUUGGCUCUGAGAAGAAACCGUAUUAGAACCAUUGAAGAUGGUACCUUCUCCACCAUGCACAGGCUCAUAGACUUGGAUCUGUCAGUUAAUCAGAUUGAGGAAUUGCCUCCAUCUUUACUCUGGAGUCUUCAGAACCUGAAGCAGUUAAACAUCUCCAAUAAUCCCAUGGUACGGGUCUACGACAAUCAAUUUGACAGCUUCAUCAAUCUCCAGUCACUGAGUAUGGAAGAGGUAGAGAUUCCAAACAUCAGUAUCAGAAUGUUCUGUUCCCUCAGUAACCUCUCUCACAUCUAUUUUAAGAGGUUUGAAUACUGUGGCUACUCUCCAAACGUGAGGAGCUGCAAACCUAACACAGAUGGCAUCUCGUCGUUUGAGAACCUGUUGGCCAACAUCAUACUGCGUGUGUUUGUCUGGGUUGUGGCCUUCAUCAUCUGCUCUGGCAACGUCUUUGUCAUCUGCCUCCGGUCCUGCACUACCUCUGAAAACCAGCACCACACAAUGGCCAUCAAAUCCCUCUGUUGUGCAGACUGUCUGAUGGGAGUCUACCUCCUUUUCAUUGGUGCAUUUGACAUCAAAUACUGUGGCGAGUAUAAUCGCCAUGCUCACAUAUGGAUGGAGAGUCUUUCCUGCCAGCUGAUUGGCUCAUUGGCCAUGCUGUCUACAGAGGUGUCUGUGAUGAUGCUGACCUACAUGACUCUGGAGAAGUAUCUUUGCAUUGUGUUCCCAUUCCACCAUUACCGUGCAGGCAGAAAGCAGACACUCUGUUCUCUUACCUUCAUCUGGCUGUUGGGUUUCAUCAUAGCUGCCAUUCCCUUUUGGGACAAGCAGACCUUUGGAAAUUACUAUGGCCGCAAUGGAGUCUGCUUCCCGCUGCACUCCGACAAGGUGGAGAAACCUGGUGCCCGCUGCUACUCCACUGCGAUAUUCCUUGGUUUGAAUCUCUUUGCAUUCAUUAUAAUUGUGUUUUCAUACUCGAGUAUGUUCUACUCGGUGCAGAAAACGGCAAAGACAGCAAGACAGACUGUGUUUGAUGAUGAGGUCUCCAUUGCUAAGAGAUUCUUCUUUAUCGUUUUCACCAAUGCCUUGUGCUGGACACCCAUUUUCCUACUGAAGAUUCUCUCCCUCCUUCGUGUACAAAUAGCAGGUACCAUCAUUCUGUGGGUGGUGAUUUUCAUUCUGCCGAUUAACAGUGCCCUGAACCCAAUCCUGUACACCAUAACCACUAGCACUUUUCAGCAGAGACUCAAACUAUGUCUCCACUACCGCUACAGACAGGGUCACUAA